AUGUCGAGCCCGUAUGUCGAUAGCAGUUUUGUUCCCCAAGUCGAGGCCGAGGCUAACGGCGCCUUGCCCUAUGACGCUCUUUACAGCCAGGACGGCGGCUUUUUGCAAGACUCAUCCCAAUUCGAUAUAGGUCAAUACGUACCGCAGCGAGGCCUGGAAGCUGGCGGGAUGACUGGCUGUGACCGGAACAAGCCCCGCGGCCGUCAAUCAGCGGCCAAGCGCGUAGGCGCAUGCGCCCGUUGUCGGCGGCUCAAGAUGAAAUGCACGUUCACCAACCCGUCCGACGACAUAUGCUCGCGUUGCACUGCCGGCAACUACGAAUGCCACUUUCCAGGUCGCAAGCCACAUUCUCCUGGCAUGCGGGUGGUGCUGCAGCAGCAAAUUCGAGAGAAAAAUGCGAUGAUCGACAAGGUCCUCAGCCAGGUCAACCCUGGUCCCACGAUGCCGACGCCGCUCACUCUCGUACCCGCACGACUCCCGCUGUCUGAAGAGGAACGCAACAAGUAUCGUGAUGUUCUGGCAUAUAUUGAACGAUCGACUACCCAAGCUGCGGCCCGCAUUGGCGGCAAUGGUCGCCCCAAGUUCGACAUCUCAGCACUCGAGGACCCCUCAGAGGUGGACUCGGAGAGCGACAACGAUAUGGAGGGCCUCACUAGCCCCGAGAGAGGGUUAUCGCUGAAGGGUAAGAUGCGCCAAAUGGACGCCAUCCUCGAGGUCGCGGCCCCCACGGGUAUGAUGGCCAUCGCCGCUCUGGAGACGAGGAACAUCGCCAGCAAGGGUAGCGUGGUCGAUUCCUCCACUAGUGAAGGAGGUUCUUCUCACAAGUCGGCCCCCGACGGCGGACCGGCCACCAACCUGGAGCUUCGUCGACUCAUUGUUGAGCGCCAAGCUGCCCCGGACAUCUUGCUCUCCGGGCUCGUGACGCCCGACGACGCUGCAGCGCUGUUUCAAAUCCACUAUCAGUGGGUAAACCCAAUCAUUCCAAUCCUGGAUGAGAAUAUACACACGCCAGCCACCGUCCUCGCGCGAUGUCCGUUCCUCUUCACCAUCAUCUGCACGGUCGCCUCGCGCUACUACGAUGAGAAGCCCCACAUCCACGGCAUGGCCAUCCACUUUGCGAAGGCGGCCGCUGCCAAUGCCAUCAUCGACGGGUGGAAGACCGUCGAGAUGUGCCAGGCGUUUGCGCUCUGGAGUGUCUACAACCCCCCUGCCCGGCGCUGGGAGGAGGACCGCGCAUGGUGCUACACCGGUAUUGCUUUCCGGCUUGCAACUGAGCUCAGCCUGAGCCGUAUCCCUGAUGGACAGCCCCCCGACGAGCGACAGGAACGCGAGAUUCUCAACCGUACCCGCAUGUGGCUGAUGUGCUACAUCAUGGAUCGCUGCCUGAGCAUCCAGUCGGGCAAGGCGUGGAUGGUCCAAGAGGACGUGACCGUUCGCAACGCGUCGCAGUGGCUUCAGCGCUACAAGUACCACAACGCGUGCGACAGCUACCUCACCAGCCUGACGGAACUCCUUUGCAUCGUGUCGCGCUUCGUGAGCAUGGUAAACCCUGCGUUCGGCACAAACUCCGCACAGUCUAUUGACGAUAUCGAAAUCGAUGCCCUUUACAAGGCAUUCGAUAACGAGCUGCUGUCAUGGAAGAGCGUCAUCGAUGACCGGCACAAAGGCGAGAAGGCGGCCAAAGACCCUGGUGUGGUGAUGCAAAUCACGCUUAUCAACUGCGUUUACAAUUAUUGCCGCCUGGUCAUCUGCUGUUGCGGGAUGCAGCUCAUGACCAAGCGCCCCUCGAAGAAGCCUAAUGAGCUGUUUGCAGGGUGCGUCCAAGCAGCGACCACCCUCGUGAAGCUCAUGGUGGAAGACUUCGCGCCUACUGGGUUCAUCCGAUAUUUUCCCGAGCUGAUCUACGUCCAUGCCGCGUUUGCUGCGGUGGUUCUCAUGAAGUGCCUAAGGCCCGAGUUCAACGCACUUCUCGACAUCCAGCAGGAGGAGCGCAUCAUCGAGCUCGUCAAGAAGCUCUUCGAGGCGUGGGUGUUGGAGAAGAUGUCUACCGACGAAAAGCAGAACACCCAGCUUUACGCUCGCUUCCUGAAGCAGCUCAUGGAUCCCCACAUCGCCCGCCUGGACGCGCGUAAGUCUAGCGCCACGCAGCGAAACGGACAGGCCCAUACGAACGGGCACAACCCCGUCUCUUCCAACCAGUCGAUUUCUUCCAUCUCCACCUCCUUGUUCCCUGGGCUCCCUAGGCAAGACCCCGCAGCGACGCUGGGAAACCUGUAUGCGACGGGCCUGGACGCCACCAAGGCGGCGGUCGAGCUGGCAGCGGCAGGCAUGAUGCCCAACGGGGACGGCACCUGGGACCAGUUCUUCCCGCCCGCGGACGGCAGUGGCAUGAACCUCCCAGACAUGAGCGUCCCGUGGAGCGGCAGCAUGGCGGGCGGCAUGAAUGCCGACGAGUGCCUCGCCGCCAUGAUGGGUCUUGGGAACGAGACAUGGUUCCUGUGA